AUGAAAACUAUCUAUGCUUGUUUUAUAGGUCCUUCUAGGUGUGGAAAAACUUCUAUUAUUGAAAAAUACCUUCAUAAUAAAGAAGUUAAUUUAUAUGAAGAAACUAUUGAAGAUGUGUAUAAUUGUACAAUCCAAAGAGAAAAAUAUAAUGCUGAAAUUAAAAUAAUAGAGAAUGGAGGUAAUAGAGAAUUUAAAAUAUUAAGAGAUUUUCAACUAACAAAAGCAGAAUUUAUAAUUUAUGUUUUAUCAGUAACUGAUAGAGAAAAUUUUGAAAAAGCUCAUAAUGAUAUUAUUGAAUGUAUUAAUAUUAUUCACUUGAAUAAUAAAAAAGAACUACCAAAAUUUAUUAUUGUGGCUAAUAAAAUUGAUGAAGAAAUUAAUAGAAAAGUAUCUACUAAAGAUUUAACUAAACUUCAAUUGAGUUUAAAUGGAAUUUGUGAAUGUACUAUCUUAGAAACUUCAGCAAAAACCUCUUUUAAUUUAAAAACACUUUUUAUGAUGUUAACAGUCCCAAGAAGAACAAAAGUAAUUUCAUCCCAAAGUUCAACUACUUCUUUUCCUUGUUCAACUUUAACUCCUUCAAUUGAACCAAAUCCCCAUUUUAUUAGGAUGAAAGAAAAAAAAAUUUCUAAACUCUUUUCAUUCUUCCAUCCAUUUACAAAAGAGGAAAAAAGUUAA